CUACAUAUCUGUGAGGAACAAAAAUCAAAUUGUGUGAAUGCAAUGUGGAAACCUUUAUUUUGUUAUUCUUUUCUUAAUGGGUACAUAUGUCACAAUGGAUACACACCAUUGAGCUUAAGGAUAUUGAAAGAAGCAACGCACCUCUCUCUCCCAGAAAAAAUUAGAAGAUGUCUAGUAGUCCCCACUUUGAGUAGACUUUGUAAAUGUGAUGCAGGCUUGCAAUUGGGAAUAUAUAUAUGCUCACACUGAAGAAAAUCUCUAUGGAUACUAGAAAUAUGGAAAUUCUUCUGAUUGUCCUGGUUCACUUUGCAAAUGUGGUAUGAUUCACACUACAGAAAAAUUUAUGAAUUCAUCCAGUGUGGUAAAUCUGAGUUCUAGCUCUCUUCAAAUAUGAGGAAAACUCUAUAUAGAAAAAGAAUGCUAUAAAUGUGAGCCAUGCGAUGAAUGCUCUUACCAGCACAGGUAUUGUCAAAGAUGCAUAAGAACCCAUAAUGAAGGAGGAACACAUGAAUGUAAAUAAAAUCCUAGGAUCUGAUUCCUCUUUACCAUUAGACCAAAUUAUAAUAUUAAUUCAGACAGAUAAAAAAUUCAACAGUAUAAUGAAUGUAGUAAAUCUUUCACAUGUGCCAAUUAUCUUCACAGGCAUGAAACAGGUCAUACUGGAGAGAAACCCUAUGAAUGUACUCAUUAUGGUACAGGCUUUGCAAGUCAUGGUCAUCUUCAAAGGCAUAAAGGAACACCCACUGGAGAGAAACCCUAUGAAUGUAAACAAUGUGGUAAAGCCUUUGUAUGGAACUGUCAUCUCCAAAUACAUAAAAGAACACAUACUGGAGAGAAACCUUAUGAAUGUGAUCAAUGUGGUACAGCUUUUGCAAGUCAUGGUCAUCUUCAAAGGCAUAAAAGAACACAUACUGGAGAAAAACCUUAUGAAUGUAAUCAGUGUGGUAAAGCCUUUUCCCAACACAGUUCUCUACAAGUCCAUAAAAGAACACACACUGGAGAGAAACCCUAUGAAUGUAACCAAUGUGGUAAAGCCUAUGCACGUCACAGUCAUCUCCAAAGACAUAAAAGAACACAUACUGGAGAGAAACCUUACGAAUGUAAUCAGUGUGGUAAAGCCUUUGCUUAUCACAAUAGUCUCCAGUACCAUACAAGAACACAUACUGGAGAGAAAUCUUAUGAAUGUAAGCAAUGUGGUAAAGUCUUUGCGUGCCGUGAUCAUCUUCAAAUACAUAAAAGAACACAUGCUGGACAGAAACGCUAUGAAUGUAAACAAUGUGGAAAAGUCUUUGCAUUUCAUAGUCAUUUCCAAAGACAUAAAAGACAUAUUGGAGAGAAACCUUAUGAAUGUAAUCAGUGUGAUAAAGCCUUUGCAAGCCACAAUAAUCUUCAAAAACAUAUAAAAAGACAUACUGGAGAGAAAUCUUAUAAAUGUAAUCAGUGUGAUAAAACCUAUGCACAUUAUAGUCAUCUCCAAACACAUAAAAGAAUUCAUACUGGGGAGAAACCCUACAAAUGCAAUCAAUGUGGUAAAGCCUUUUCCCAACACAGUUCUCUACAGGUCCAUAAAAGAACACACACUGGAGAGAAACCCUAUGAAUGUAACCAAUGUGGUAAAGCCUAUGCACGUCACAGUCAUCUCCAAAGACAUAAAAGAACACAUACUGGAGAGAAACCCUAUGCAUGUAAUCACUGUGGUAAAGCCUUUGCUUAUUACAAUAGUCUCCAGUAUCAUAAACGAGCACAUACUAGAGAGAAAUCUUACGAAUGUAAUCAGUGUGAUAAAGCCUUUGCAAGUCAUAGUAAUCUUCAAAAACAUAUAAGACAUACUGGAGAUUAUAAAUGUAAUCAGUGUGAUAAAACUUUUACACAUCACAGUCAUCUCCAAAGACAUAAAAGAACACAUACUGGAGAGAAAUCCUAUGAAUGUAAACAAUUUGGUAAAAUAGUUGCACAACAUAGUACUUUCCACAGCAUAAAGAAGGCACAUAUGGGCUGGAGAGAUGGUUCAGUGGUUAAGAGCACUGAGUGCUCUUCCAGAGGUCCUGAGUUCAAUUCCCAGCUACCACAUGGGGGCUCACAACCAUCUGUAAUGGAAUCUGAAGCCCUCUUCUGGUGUGCAUGAAGACAGCUACAGUGUACUCAUAUAUAAUAAAU